UCAGGGUUUUAACCGACACAUUGAAACUUUGCAUCCAAGAUGAAAGAGAAGACUUUGAAAGCGGUUAUAUUUGACAUGGGUGGAGUUCUAAUUGAUGCGCCGUAUGGAUUUUGGAAAGAUAUGGAGACAAGUCGAACGUUCGAUGCGGGUUCGCUUGUGUCUACACUCUUCAAAUCUCCUAUCAAAGAGCAAUUUGAAGCACUGGAGCGAGGAGAGACCACGGCGGAGGAUUUUGACCCACUGUUCACUCAUUUCUAUAACAAGCAGCACAAGCGCACAGAAAGCCUCAUUCCGGUCAUUUCUUCUGUUAUUGAUGGAAUCCACGACAAGAAGAUUUUACCGGAAAUGGCUUCUCUGCUAAGAGAUCUGCGCUCAGUUGGGAUCAAAACAGCCUUGCUCACAAAUAAUUUCUAUGCUGACCGAGCCCGCCUUUCCCCAACGAUUCCGAGAGGCAUCGAGAAUUAUUUCGAUGUAGUUGUAGAAUCGUGUAGGAUUGGUAUGCGAAAGCCAGAAUAUGCUAUAUACAACCACGUAUGCAGUCUGUUGAAGGUUAAACCAGAAGAGUGUGUAUUACUUGACGAUUUGGGUGUAAAUGUCAAAGCUGCCAGAGCCAUCGGCAUCUUCACUAUCAAAGUCACAUCUCCUCUGCAAGCUACUGAAAACGUAAGGAGCAAGCUAGUAGAUCUUUUCGAAUUUCCACCAAACACUAGGGAUUGUUUGCCAAAAGAAAGGCUACCGGAGGAAAAGCUGCAAAAGUUUAUCCAAAAAGAACUAGGUUUGGCUGGAUGCAACCCAUUUAUCGUCCGUCGUUUCGGGCAUGGACAGUCAAAUCCUACCUAUUACAUCAAAGCUGGAGAUACGGAGCUCGUGCUAAGAAAGAAGCCGAGCGGCACCUUACUACCAAGAGCGCAUCAAAUCGAUAGAGAGUACGUGGUAAUGAAAGCAGUUCAAGGCACAUUGCCUGUUCCCAAAGUUCUACUCUACAACGAUAGCCUACUUGACACACCAUUUUACAUCAUGGAAUACACAAAAGGUCGAAUAUUCAUGGAUCCAACCCUAUCUGAUAUGGAUCCAAAGGAUAGAAAGGAGAUCUACGAAGAAGCAAUAAGCACUCUGGUCAAGCUUCAUAGAACUGAUUUUUACAAACUUGGGCUGGAGAACUUUGGCAGAAGAGAUGGAUACAUGGCAAGGAAUCUCCAACGAUGGUCAAGAAGCUAUGAGAUGGCAAAAACAGAAGAGAUAACGGAGAUGAAUCAUCUGCUGCUCUUUUUGGAGAAGAAUCUACCGAAAGACAAUCAUACUGCUACCCUAGUACAUGGAGAUUUUCGGCUUGACAAUCUCGUCUUUCAUCCUACCGAAAAUCGUGUCGUUGCCGUGCUGGAUUGGGAAACUUCUACAAUUGGCGAUCCACUCUCAGAUCUCGCAACAUUUCUAUUCGCUCACUACAGCCCGAGCAGGAACAAUCUCUUGGCUGGAAUGGGACAUUUAAAUGAACGCUAUCUCCAAGAUCUCAAAAUACCGACAGUCAACGAAGCCCUGGCGAAGUACGCAGAACUACGCGGAGUACGCCCUAUCGAUCCUACACAAUGGGCAUUCUAUGUGGCUUUUGUGUUCUAUCGCUUUGCGAGCAUAAUUCAAGGAGUUUACAAACGAUCUUUGAUGAAAAAUGCCUCUUCCUCGCAAGCGCAUAAGUUAGCUCCUAUCCCAAAACUAUUGGCUAUGAAUGGGUUGGCAUUUGUGAAAAGGAUGCAGAUUGCUGGUAAACAAGAUUUAUUACCCAUGACACCUCAGGCUUUAUCAGAAAAAGCGCAAAAACUCUACACGAUUGUCAAGGACAUUGUGCACAAUGAAAUUUUGCCCAUUGAACAAGAAAUGUUACGUUAUCAACUCGGACCUGAUCGAUGGACACCACAUCCAAAAUUGGAAGAUAUCAAGAAGAAGGCCAAGUCAUUAGGAGCAUGGAAUUUGUUUAUUUCCGAGCACAUCGAUCCCGAUAAAAGUUAUGGACUGGGCCUGACCAAUGUUGAAUAUGCGCACAUUUGUGAAGUUAUGGGAAGAAGUCCAUUUGCUCCUGAGGUAUUCAACUGCCAAGCACCAGACACUGGUAACAUGGAAGUUUUAAUAAAGUAUGGAAGUGCAGAGCAAAAGGAAAAAUGGCUAAUGCCGCUACUGAAUGGAGAAAUCAAGAGCUGUUUUGCAAUGACCGAACCAGACGUUGCCAGUAGUGAUGCCACCAAUAUUGCGGGUUCUAUAGUUCGUGAUGGAGAUGAGUAUAUAGUGAAUGCGAGGAAAUGGUUUACAAGUAAUGCUGCUCAUCCAUUAUGUAAAAUAUGUAUAUUUAUGGGUCAAGUGGCUGGCGGAAAGGUCUCUAGACUUCAACGCCAUUCAAUGAUUCUUAUUCCCAUGGACCAGGAAGGUGUGCAAAUAGUCAGAAACCUAAGCGUUUUGGGUAGUGACGAUGCACCAGCGGGUCAUUGUGAAAUUCUAUUCACAAAUGUUCGCAUUCCGGUAGAGAACAUCAUCCUAGGCGAGGGCCGAGGAUUCGAAAUCGCUCAAGGGAGAUUAGGCCCUGGUAGAAUUCACCACGCUAUGCGGUUGAUUGGACAUGCCGAGCGAGCUAUAGAUAUCAUGAAAGAAAGAACGUCAAAUCGUAUUGCUUUCCAAAGGUAUCUCAAGGAUUUCGAUUCGAUAAGAAAGCAGAUAGCUACAUCACGGUGUGAAGUAGAACAAGCAAGACUUCUUGUGCUCAAAGCUGCACAAAUUAUCGACACACGGGGAUCGAAGGAAGCAAAGAGUGAAAUUGCCAUGAUAAAAGUGGUCGCACCCAACAUGGCACUGAAAGUCGUCGAUCGUGCGAUCCAGAUGCUCGGCGGCAGGGGUCUCACCAACGACACACCGCUUGCGUCCUUCUUCAUAGCUGCGAGAUCGCUGCGAUUAGCUGACGGACCAGAUGAGGUUCAUUUGGAAACAAUCGCUAAAGAAGAGUUCAGAAGCAGAUUAUGACCUUUGGUCACCUUGCUGACUACGGUCAUUGCAUCACGUCUGACUAAAUAAAAUUCAAUUUUAUUUGGUAACAUCAAAUUUUUGUUUCUGUAUUAGAGCAGCUUAAGUCAGAGGAUUUAUUCAAAUACUCCGAGGCGUGUCCAAAUAAGUCAGCUGAAAGCUAUCUGCACAUUUGAAAUCAAUUGCUCUCUUUUUCUGACGACGAGAGUGCAAAGAGAACCUCUUUUGCUGCAAUUUAUUAC